AUGGACAAUAAUGUUUUUAAUCAUUUGCCAGCAGAAUUAAUUAGACACAUUCUCUCCUUUCAUACAAUUCACUUUCCGUAUGAUUUUAUGAAGGAGAGAAUUAUUGAUGACACCAAGUGCGCAUCACCACUCACAAGAGAUGACGAAGAACAACAGUAUACACUGUGGUUUGAAGAGGAAAUGAAUAGAUUAACCAAGGUGCCAACAUUCUUUGGUAAAUUCAAAGAAUCACAUCAUCGGGAUUAUGUUACACCAUUCCUAGUCUUUCCUUCUGUGAUUUUUACUUUGGAUUCGUAUAUUUCCAGAUAUCAUUUGCAUAAACUAUUCAAUCAUCAGGUAAAUGAUGCUAUUUCAAAUCAUCAGGAAAUCAAUGCUAAAAGUAAGAAUUCAAAAACAAAGAAAGUUUCUUCGAUUGCAAAUAUUCUCGAUUUGGAGGAACAUGCAGAAACAUCUCUCAUGAUGCAUGAAAUGAUCUACUUGCCAAGGAUGAUUUCCUCUUUCCAAUCAAUUGUGUUAUCCACUGCCUUACCUUUUGAAGAUGUUUUGGUAGAGUGCAUGGAUGAAACAAAUUCAUGGAUCAACACAUUCUGGAGUAAAUUGCCUAAAAAUCUAUUGAAUAACAAACUCCAACUGGCUCUCCAUGUGAAGAAUAUGGACAGAGCUCAAGUAGAUAGAUUUUUAGAAAAGCUCAUGGAUGUUUCAUUCAAUGAAUUCUUCAAACUGAACAUGAAGACACUUUACAUUGAGACGGAAUGUAGCAGAUUUAGACAAGGAAUCAUUGAAGACUAUGAAACUUAUAUGAGUAUGGGAGGUGAUGAACAGGAUGAAGAUGACAGUCUCAUGAAGGGAAAGAGGAUGUUCUUUAUUGAUAUUUUGAAUACAUUCCCAAGUAUUGAAGUAUUGAAAAUUAACAAGAUGAUAGAUGACGACGAUUUGGAAGUUCAAUCCACUCUCAACUUUAAAUCUACCUCUGUACUUUCCCAUGAAACAUCUAGAAUGGCACAAUAUUUCAAAAUGUAUCCAUUCAAGAGUAAUAAGGAAAUUUCACAAAUCAGACUUGUACUCACUGAAGAGGAAGAGGAAGCCAAGAGACAACAACGUGAAAUAAUGGAAGACAGAAGGAGAAGUAUUCUCGAAAAACUCACACUCAAACAACAAACAAACUACAAAAUUAGAACUUGUAUUGUCAAUGGUUUGAAAGAUCAUGAAAUCAAACAACUCCUUCAAAGCUAUGCUUGUCAAACUCAUUUGAAAACUCUCUUGAUUGCUCAUACAGUAUUGAGUAAGGAAUUUUGUGAAUUAUUGACCCACUCCUCUGUUCAAACUCUUACUCUAUUGGAUGAUGUAUUUGAAGGAAUAGAAUCUCUCGAAUCAAUACUUCUCCAUACACCAGUCAAAAGCUUGACUGCAAACAACGUAACUUAUCACAAACCAACACCAAAUAAUAAUUCUCCAAAAACCCUUUAUUCAUGGAGUGAGCCAGAGGGUGAGCUUUUCAAAAAGAACAACUCCCUCGUCACUCUAAAGAUUAUCAACUGCACCAAUUUAUUGGAUCCAAAAUUCACUCAAAAGCUCAGUGAAAAUAGAAAUAUUAGAUUCUUAACUAUUCGAGGUUGUAAAUUGAGCGAUGAAAAGAUUAGACCAAUUCUAAGACAUAACAGAACAAUUGAGGAGCUUGACAUUACCGACAAUAAGGGUGGUAGUUUAUCGGCAGCUAGAUUGACUGCCUUCCACAGUUAUAGAGGAUGUAGGAGAAUGAGAAUAUUGUCAGACUUUGUUAAAUUUUAAGUUAUAAAUUAGAAUAUUUUGG